GCGUCAUACUGCGAACAUUCACCGACUCCAAAACCAUCUCAUCGGCUCGUUUCAUUAGCAGUCGCCUACGUCGGAGUCGAUCCACCAUACAUGCAGAUCAGUGCAGAUAAUUUAGUGGCCCGUGCAAGACGCUCUGAAGCACAUUCGACGAGACAGAGACGCGGAACUUGACCCCAGAUUUGAUCAAUUCUGACAUGACAUUAAUAGACAUGUGUUGAAUACAUAAAUUCUAUACUAAUAGAUUUAGUUUAAUUGAUUGCUCGGACAAGACGAUACGGAGACUUGGCUUGCUAGACAACCAGUAGGCUAACGUUACUUUAUGAACAAUCACGCUUCAUAAAUCUCAGAGAUGGUCCACGAGGAGUUAUUCGCUCGUCUUAAUGACAUCGGAUACAAAAACUGGCUGAAGGCAGGCUGCUGCCUCUUAAAAAUUAAAGACGGACUGCAUGGCUAUGUAAACAAGGCAAUGAAAUGCUUUCACGAAAUGCUCAUCAACAAUAACCAUGUCUUGCAAAAGGGGCAACGAUGCAAUUACGACUGCAGACCAAAAGGCAACCAGCUAUACAAUCUCUGCAAGCUGUGCGAGGAAUGGAGAGCAGAGAUUUUAAGGCAUCACACCAACAGGACAGGAGUGGUGAACUGGGGUAACUGCAAGCCCUGCCUGUGGCCAUCCCACCACUGGGAGAUCGCCAAGGCGUACAUGCCCCGGGGACUGGCCAGCGUGACCGGAGCGGAGCAGUGUGACGCGUCUGCACUCCUCAACCUGAUCACCUUCUGCGACUACUUCAGCUUAAUCAACCAGAGGCACGUGAGAGAGGUCAUCGGGAAGCGCAACGAGCUGAUGCACUCGUGUGAGAUGCGGGUGUCGGCGCAGUGGAUGGACCAGUACCGGCGCAGUCUGGACCAGCUGCUGGACCAGCUCCGGCACAUCCCUGAGCUGGCCGCCACGGGCCGGGAGAUACACGAGAUACUGUCUGUGGACUGGACGGUGUCCCCCCCCCGGGUGGACUGUAUGGACGGGCUGGAGACAGACGAUGUGAGCCAGCUGGUGGACGGGCCGGUGCAGGCCGGGCUGGAGGCAGGGGACGUGAGCCAGCUGGAGAGUGUGCUGCUGAGGGAGAGACUACAGGAGCUGCUGCACUGCACCCAGCUACAGGACCCUCCAGAUCCGCAGGGCUUGCAGGAGUUGCAGGGACUCAGAGAUUUCCUCCAGAGCCAGCGGGACCUGGGGGAGAAGUUUCAGACUGAGCUCCUGAGCUUGGGGUCCGGGGAACCCCAGCCGCACCAGACUGGGACAGCAGCCCAACCGACAGAGUCCAACUGAGUGGGAGAGACUCCUGAGACAGACGACAUCUACACAACUGCACAGGAAACCGUUCACUGUGAAGAGCGGAAACUUAAGAUCUGUAUAAGACACUUGUGUUUAUUGUGAAAUCAAUAAACUAUGGAUUUUUUCCCCCCCUUUUUUGGA